AUGGGGAGAGUGAAGCUUCAGAUCAAAAAGAUUGAGAACACAACAAAUAGACAAGUCACUUUCUCGAAGAGGAGAAAUGGUUUAAUGAAGAAAGCUUAUGAACUUUCUGUUCUCUGUGAUGUUGAUGUUGCUCUCAUCAUGUUUUCUCCUUCUGGUAAAGCCACUCUCUUUUCUGGCCACAGAAGCGUUGAAGAAAUUCUUGAUCGAUAUAUAAACAUUCCAGAUAGAGAACGUGGAAGGAUGCAUAAUCAAGAGCAUAUUCGGAAGGUUCUUAGUAGGUUAAAAGCCGAAACCGAUCAAAUAUGUCAAGCUUCUGGCGCGACGAUUGCAGACGCAAAACACAAGGAGGUUCAAAGAGAAAUUCUCAUCUGCAGGUCUCGAUUGGAAGAGACGAUGAAUCGACUAAGGAUAUACGAAGGAGAUCCUUCUGAGAUUACCACAUUAAGUGAGGCCGAAUAUCGUGAACGGGUCCUUCAAGAAACUUUAAAACAAGUGCAAAUGCGAAAACGUAUCUUGGAGGAAGAACAUAUUUCUCAGGCAUCUCCACAGGUACAUCUUAUAAAAAGUGUAGAUGUAGAUGGAUCUUCUGCUGGAACUACAGAGAAUGCAUUAGGCUGGUUUUCAGAAGAUAAUAUUACCUAUGACCAGAUUUUGAACUUUGUGAAUGGUUAUUAUAAACCUCCUCCUCUCAGUGAUCAACAAUCACUAAAUACUGCGGUCAAUAUGGUGACGCCAACUUCAACCCUUCUGCACGCUGCAAACUUGGAUCGUGACUAUCAAAUUGGUCUCAAGGAUGGUGCAGAGGCUGACACUAAUAGUACACCAAGUCCUGAGUUUGGACACGUUAUGGACACCAGUUUGGAUUUUUGGGCGAACGUUUAUCAUUCAGGGUCAUUGUCAAUUGCAGAAACAAGAGAAGAACUACUUGAACAGAAUUUGCUCAAUGUACUCCCUCAAAUACUUUAA